UCCACCUGCUGCUUGCAUGGUGCCAAGUGCCACAUGUGCAGCAAAGUGUUGUUGUCGCCACUGGUCUUCUCGCUGAACCAGCAGCAGGUGACAGCUGCUGUGCCCUUAGUGCCGGGAGUGCAGCCCGGCUUCCACGACGGUACACCGCUACUACAGCUGGCCACACAUGACCACACCUGCGAGCACCACCUGCUGCACUGCCUCGUUCAGCCAGGCACGUGUUCAUGGCACGGCAAGCGUGCCGACCUGGAGGCGCACACCCAGGCCAAACACCCGCAACACUUCGUGCGCUUCCCCAGCACCGUGGGCAACAGUGUCUCGUGGCGCAUCUCUAAGAAUGGCUGCUGCAUCGACCUGGUGCGCCAUCUUGUUGUGGCCUUGGGUGAGAUGUUCGUCUACCAAAAGCAGUUCAGUUACCAGGAGCGUCAGCUGUUCAUUGCCAUUCAGCUGGUGGGCCCUCCUGAACGUAGCAGGCUCUACCGGUACAAGUUCAGGCUCACCCGCAAUGAGGGUGCCCACUCUGUGACUUUCGAGCAUGCUGUCCAUUCACAGAAUGAGAACCUGCAGCGAACAUUCGGCCUCGGUGACUGCAUCAAAGUGCCCUAUGAUACUAUCUCUCAGUUCUGUCAUGGCGAGAGGGUGCUCAUACUGUGUAAGCUUGAGCCUCCGUAUGAGCCAAAUGUUGAAACCACACAUUUGUAGUCCUCUAAUUACUGUGAUGCAUGGUUUUGAUGCUAUGGUUAUCACAGACCUACUAAUGUCUUGUUAAUACAUAGCCUGACACAAAAUCGACUCCGCUUAUCGCAUAUCAGUGAGAAUUUAAGGUGUAAGAAGAUUAGUGGCAGAAUCCACAACACCCUCUAAAAUCUGUGCGAGUACAUGCACAGAGAGAAUUAUGUCACACUUUUCUGUUAUUCAUUCAUUUGACCAAAAUGUGCCCUCUAGUCACUGGUUUAUGGUGUGUUUAUACUGAGAAAUGGGGCUCAGUAGUAAGGCAGUGGAUUCAUACACACAUCAAAAAAUGUUCUGCAUCACCCAAGUUACGAGAGUUCCGGAACCUGUAUAGAAAAUUGGAAAAGAGAUCAACGUGAUUAUCAUUUUCGCCCUUUUUAUAGCUCAU